UCAUCCUUUGUACAUUUUUUGAUAAUAUUCAUUUAAUUUUCACGUUUGGAUUAUUUUAUAAUAGUUCACUUUCACGCCGUUUAUUUUAAAGAUAAGAUAAUAAACGUACUUUCCUUGUUUUUGUGCAGUAAGCUAAAAGUUAUUCGUUGAAAAAAGGACUCAAAAAAAUUCACAAUGAGUGAAACAGUGAUAGGAAUAGACUUAGGAACCACCAACUCAUGUGUUUGCGUGCACCUCAACAACAAAUUAAAAAUACUCGAGAACAAAGAAGGUGGAAGAACGACACCGUCUUACGUUUUCUUCACUGAACACAGCUUCAUCGUCGGCCAAUACGCCAAACGUAUGGCCGACGCGAAACCGGAAUACGGCAUUUACGAAAUUAAAAGACUGGUUGGUCGGAAGUACGACGACCCUUACGUUAAGAAAAAUCUAAACUAUUUACCAUUCAAAGUCACCAACAUUUCCAACGAGCCAGUCGUGGUCGUCCAAACCAAGAACCAAGUUUUAAAAAAGUCGCCUCAGGAGUUGUGUGCCUACAUUUUGGGUAAAAUAAAGAGCGACGUUGAGGCCAAGCUGGGCCACCCUGUCGACAAAGCUGUGAUAACCGUGCCUGCAUACUUUAAUAUCGCUCAAAGGGAGGUGACUUUAGCCGCGGCCCAAACAGCCGGGUUUUCGGUGCUGAAACUCCUAAACGAACCAACAGCCGCUGCUUUGAGUUAUUACUACGAAAAUAAGAGCAACGUCGAUGGUUAUUCCCUGGUUUAUGACCUAGGGGGUGGCACUUUCGACGUUGCCAUUUUGCAGCGCAGUGGCAGCGACAUUACCAUUGUGGGGGUUGAUGGCGAGACCCACUUGGGGGGGCACGACUUCGACAAUUUACUAGUCGAACACGUGUGCCAAGUGCUGAUAAAUCAGCACAACUACAACCCGAAAAAUGACCGCCGCAACAUGCGAAGGCUGAACAACGAGUGCGAAGAAGUGAAAAAGAUACUUUCAGAGGCUGAAGAGACGAACAUAAUUUUAAACGCGUUCGUGCCAAAUCAAAACACUGUGGACAUUCCCAUCACCCGGGCCCAGUUCGAGGCGAAAGCCGAGCAGUUGUUCCAGAAAACCAUCGAGAUUGUGACUCGCUGCUUGGAGAAAGUCAGUUUGGAAAAGAGCGAUAUUAAGGAAGUUAUUCUAAGUGGGGGCUCCACCCGAAUCCCCAAGAUCCAAUCGUUGAUCAGUGCGUACUUCGGGGGGAAAAUAUUGAACAAAUUUAUCAAUCCGGACGAAUGCGUGGCUGAAGGAGCGGCAAUCCAAGCGGCGCUUUUAUCGAAAGAUCCCGCACAAGCCAUCAGCCAGAUCAAAAUCACUGAUGUCACCCCUUUGUCGCUGGGUAUCGCCGACUUUGUGGACGUUAUGACCUUCAUGAUCAAGCGCAAUACUCCGAUUCCUGUCACUCGAACAACAAAUCGGGUCACAGUUUACAACAACCAAGCUAAUAUGUCCUUCCAUAUCUACGAGGGUGAACGGCUGGACGCCAAGAAAAAUUAUUUUUUGGGUCGUUUGGAAAUCACCGACCUUACACCGGCCCCUCCCGGCCAGUGUAGCGUCACAGUGGUCAUGACUGUGGACCAGAAUGGGAUUCUGACCGUCAAAGCCACCGAAACUGUGAGCAACAGGACCAAGGAUCUUAAGAUUGUCUAUACUAGAGGCAGCAGAAGUGACAGUGAUAUUAAGAGUGUUGUGGUUGAGGCCGAGGAAAACAAGAAGGAGGACGAACUUUUCAAGCAAUUUGCUGAAGUUAAGGGCUACGUGGUUAAGUACUGCAUUAGGGCCAUGUAUAAUUUUGAGAACAAAGGGCUUGUGGCCACGCAUAAAGAUGCUUACGAUAAAUGCAACGAUGUGCUAAAUAGAUUGAAAGACCUGGAUGUGGAUGACGAAAAAGAGGUGAAGAAGCUGAAAGUGGAAGUCCUAGCUUUGUGUCAACCUUUACAGAAGAAAUAUGCGUUUAAACAUAUGCCCUAAAUAUAUGAUCUUGAUUGUUUUAUUUUCUCUCUCAGUUUUUUAUUACAACUAUCUUAUUUACCAUUUAUAUGUAUUUUUACAUUCAGAAAUAAAUUUUGUUCUAAAACAUGA